AUGUUUAGAGAAAGCAGCGAUGCCGUGAAGGAAUUCAUUGCAGAGAUUUCAAGUCUGGGACGUUUACAGCACCGGAAUAUUGUGCAAAUCAGAGGUUAUUGCAGGAGGGGAACAAAUUUAUUCAUAGUGUAUGACUACAUGGCAAAUGGAAGCUUGGACAUGAUGAUAUUUGGGAAGAGGAAAAGUGUGCUGGCAUGGGCUCAGAGCAACGUUUUGUUGGAUUUUAACCUUAAUGGAAAGCUGGGCGACUUCGGGCUUGCUCGUCUGUACGAACAUACAGAAAACCCACCAACAACUCGAGUGGUGGGUACGCUUGGGUACAUUGCACCGGAGCUCUUACACACCGGAAAGGCAGCUCCUAGUGUAGAUGUCUUCAGCUUUGGUAUUUUAAUGCUGGAGGUUGCCUGCGGAAGGAGGCCUGUGGAUCCCUCUCUCGAUCCUUCCCAAAUGGUAAUGUUAGAUUGGGUAAGAGAUCUGCAUGCCGAAGGAAGGCUCAUGGAUGCAGCUGAUCCAAGUCUUGCUGGUGGAUAUGUUGAAGAUGAGAUGAAGAAAGUGCUCAAAUUAGGACUGCUGUGCUGUAAUUCUCAGCCCGAGGACAGGGGCACGUCUGUGAAAUAUGCAAGCGUGUUUAUGCAGGGCAGACACGUCUAUGCAGAACAGAGGCAUGUUUGUGUGUUUCAGUACACUGCAUAUUGGGGAGAGCAUCCAUUUCCACGGCUUACGGAUCCAAGAGAGCCGAUAGAGGGAGACGAUGGAGGUGAUGGAGAUGAUAGUGGGGAUGGUGGAGGUAGAGGUCGACAGCGGAGCUUUGAUUAUAUAGGUAUAAAGAUGAAUGAUCCUUCAGCCAGUACUGCUUCUCCUCCCAGUGGCAGUACUGGAUCAUGUUCUAGCAGCGGUUCUACGAAUAUUUUACCCGUUGAUGUACUUGUCCUUGAAAGUUGCAUUGAUGAUGUUUUGUAUUCUCUUACUGACAAGGGUUUAAGGUGUAAAUUGCUUGAAAGUGGUAUGAAACUAAGGGAUAUAGUGCAGCCUGUAGCGUCCAAUUUUUUGAAACUAUUUGAGUCCAAUAUUUCAGACGGCGCAAAGAUGAUUUCGGACUAG